AUGGAUAACCAAAGUUCUCACGAAUCUACUUCUGAGCCACAUUCAGUCGUCUCAGACCCGCUAGCCAAAACUGACAGCAAAGAUGUCAACUCUUUUGCUGAAGAUAAUGCUAAUGCUGUUAUUGAAAUCCCAAAGAAACCAGCUUCCGCUUAUGUUGGUGUCUCUAUUAUUUGUUUAAUGGUUGCCUUCGGUGGUUUCGUUUUCGGUUGGGAUACUGGUACCAUUGGUGGUUAUCUUUCUCAAACUGAUUUCAUGAGAAGAUUUGGUAUGCAACAUCCAGACGGUAGUUAUUAUUUCUCAAAAGUUAGAACUGGUUUAAUUGUCUCUAUUUUCUGUAUCGGUUGUGCUAUUGGUGGUAUCGUUUUCUCUAAGCUAGGUGACCAAUAUGGCCGCAGAAUUGCUCUAGUCAUUGUCACUAUCGUCUAUAUGGUCGGUAUUCUUAUUUCCAUCGCCUCCAUUGACAAGUGGUACCAAUACUUCAUCGGUAGAAUUAUUGCCGGUUUGGGUGUCGGUGGUAUUGCUGUCUACUCUCCAUUAUUAAUUUCUGAAGUUUCUCCAAAGCAUUUAAGAGGUACUUUAGUCUCAUGUUAUCAAUUAAUGAUUACUUUAGGUAUCUUCAUUGGUUACUGUACUAACUAUGGUACCAAAGAAUCUUACUCUAACUCUACUCAAUGGAGAGUUCCGUUAGGUUUAGGUUUCGCAUGGGCCUUAUUCAUGAUCGGUGCUAUGUUCUUAGUCCCAGAAUCUCCACGUUACUUAUUAGAAGUUAACAAGGUUGAAGAAGCCAAGCGUUCAAUUGCUGUUUCUAAUAAGGUUUCCAUCGAUGAUCCAUCUGUUAUUGCUGAAGUUGAAUUAUUAAGUGCCGGUAUUGAAGCUGAAAGAGCUGCUGGUAACGCAUCUUGGGGUGAAUUAUUCUCUCCAAAGGGUAAAAUUUUACAACGUUUAAUUAUGGGUAUUAGUAUUCAAACUUUACAACAAUUGACUGGUGCCAAUUAUUUCUUCUACUAUGGUACUUCCAUUUUCAAGUCCAUUGGUCUAGAAGAUUCUUUUGAAACCUCCAUCAUUAUUGGUGUUGUUAACUUUGCUUCUACUUUCGUUGGUAUCUACUUUGUCGAAAGAUUUGGUCGUCGUAGAUGUCUAUUAUGGGGUGCUGUUGGUAUGAUCUGCUGUAUGGUUGUCUUUGCUUCUGUUGGUGUCACUAGAUUAUAUCCAAAUGGUGAUGACCAACCAUCAUCUAAGGGUGCUGGUAAUUGUAUGAUUGUUUUCACUUGUUUCUUCAUUUUCUGUUUCGCUACCACGUGGGCGCCAAUUGCUUAUGUUAUUGUCUCUGAGACAUUCCCAUUGAGAGUUAAGGCUAAAGGUAUGGCUUUAUCUACUGCUGCUAAUUGGUUCUGGAAUUUCUUGAUUGGUUUCUUCACUCCAUUCAUUACAGGUGCCAUUAACUUCUACUACGGUUACGUCUUCAUGGGCUGUCUAUGUUUCGCUUGGUUCUACGUUUUCUUCUUCGUUCCAGAAACAAAAGGUUUGACUCUAGAAGAAGUCGAUGUUAUGUGGCAAGAAGGUGUCUUACCAUGGAAGUCUGCUGACUGGAUCCCACCAGCUAGAAGAGGUGCUGAUUUUGAUGAAGCUGCUUUCACUCAAGAUGACAAGCCAUUUUACAAGAGAAUGCUUUAA